AUGGCUUCUACAAUCUCACUUAUGGCCAAUCCCCUAACACAGUCACGGAAUUGGUCUCUGCCGAGGAGAUAUUACACAAUAUCUGGUGUCGUCUCGACUCUUGAUUUCACUAUCGACGAUAGGAGCGUCAUAGAUAAUAUAACAGAUUGGGAUCAGUACAAGCAAGUUCUAAACAACUUACUUGGGAGUCUGAGUCGGCAAGCAGCAUCCGGUGACUCUCGUCGAAAAUUUGCAGCCGGGAAUACUGAUGCAGGAUCGAGUAGGAGAAAGAUAUAUGGUGUUGCUCAGUGCAUGCCAGAUUUGAAUGAAUUAGAGUGUCGAAAUUGCUUGGAUGGGGCGAUCUCAAGAAUCCCAGAAUGUUGUGAGGGUAGCACUGGAGGUAGAGUUGUUAAACCGAGCUGCAAUAUCAGAUUUGAGAGCCACAAAUUCUAUGAAAUCAUGGCUGAUGUACCAAUUUCGGUGUCAGUAUCAACACCGGCACCAGUACCACCACUUUCUCCUUGUUCCGUCAAUACAACUACGUCACAGGGUGUUUUUUUCUUCCCCUUCAUUUUGAUUUCCAGAUGCACCAACCAAUCAAGCUACCCAGAAGAUUACUGCUUCACUUCCUCAAUCUUUGGAACCUACGCCCCGAACAGCACCUACCAGUUCAACCUCAAUACCCUCCUAUCAAAACUAACUUCAAACCCUGACGUAGACUAUGGCUUCUACAAUCUCUCUUACGGCCAAUCCCCUAACACAGUAUACGGAAUUGGUCUCUGCCGAGGAGAUGUUACUCCCACCACUUGUCGUUCCUGCCUUAGAAAUUCCACAACCAUCACACAAUCGUGUGACAAAUACACCACCGCUAUUACAAUCCAUGACGAAUGCCUAUUGUUCUACUCAAAUUACAUAAUAUUCGGUCUGGUCCCAGCUCUUGGUUUCACUAUCGAUGAUAGGAGCGUCACAGAUAAUAUAACAGAUUGGAAUCAGUACAAGCAAGUUCUGAACGGCUUACUUGGGAGUUUGAGUCGGCAAGCAGCGUCCGGUGAUUCUCGCCGAAAAUUCGCAGCCGGGAAUACUGAUGCAGGAUCGAGUAGGAGAAAGAUAUACGGUAUUGCUCAGUGCAUGCUGAUUUGA